UCGGGCCGCACGCCCCGGGCCCGCUCCGCCUCCUGCCCUCGGCGGGACCGCCCCGCCCCGCCGCGCCGAGCUGCUCCGCUCCGGGGUCCGGCGCACAACAAAGUUUCUGCGAGCGGAGCGGACUCGGGCGGCGGGGCAGGGAUCCCUGGAGGAGGCGUCGCCGUGUCCAGGGCCGCGCUCAGCCGGGGGACUUCGGCCUGUGGGAACCUCGGUGCGGGGGACAGUUCGCGUGCGCCCUUGGCCGUGGGCCUUGGUGGUCCGCUCGCGCGCCCGCUGCGAUCUGUCUGGAGUUGGGGCGACAGCUGCGGCGCGCGUGGAGCCUCCCUUUGUCCUCUUGGACCUCCCUCCCCCGCGCUCGCCCGCCCUAGCUGCGCGGCUGGGUCUCUGGGUUCUGCGACCCCGCCGGCUCCCGCCACCCUCGCGUGCCGGCUAAGCCGAGCCCAGGGGACUGUGAGCGGGAGGCAGUCGCAGGCCCCCGGCCGCAGGAUGGUGGCGGGGCGGUCCCCGGCCCGCAGUCCCGGGAGCUGGCUGCUGCCCGGGCUGUGGCUGCUGGCGCUAGGUGGGCCCGGGGCGCUGCUGCACGCCCAGGAGCAGCCCUCCUGCAGAACAGCCUUUGAUCUCUACUUCGUCUUGGACAAGUCUGGGAGUGUGGCAAACAACUGGAUUGAAAUUUACGAUUUCGUGCAGAAACUUACAGAAAGAUUUGUAAGCCCUGAAAUGAGAUUAUCUUUCAUUGUGUUUUCUUCUCAAGCAACCAUUAUUUUGCCAUUAACUGGAGACAGGGGCAAAAUCACCAAAGGCUUGGAGGAUUUAAAGAGUGUUAGUCCUGUAGGAGAGACGUAUAUCCAUGAAGGACUGAAACUAGCGAAUGAACAAAUUCAGAAAGCAGGAGGCUUAAAAACCUCCAGUAUCAUAAUUGCUCUGACAGAUGGUAAGUUGGACGGUCUGGUGCCAUCAUAUGCAGAGAAGGAGGCAAAAAUAUCCAGAUCCCUUGGGGCUAGUGUGUAUUGUGUGGGUGUCCUUGACUUUGAACAAGCUCAGCUUGAAAAAAUUGCUGAUUCCAAGGAACAAGUUUUCCCUGUCAAAGGUGGAUUUCAAGCCCUUAAAGGAAUAAUUAAUUCUAUACUGGCUCAGUCAUGUACCGAAAUCCUGGAAUUGCGUCCCUCAAGUGUCUGUGUAGGGGAGGAAUUUCAGAUUGUUUUGAAUGGGAGAGGAUUCUCGUUGGGCAGUCGGAAUGGCAGUGUGCUCUGUACCUACGCUGUGAAUGAGACAUAUACAAAGAGUGUAAAGCCAGUAAGUGUGCAGCUCAAUUCUAUGCUUUGUCCUGCACCCGUCCUGACUAAAGCUGGAGAAACUCUUGAUGUGUCAGUGAGCUUUAAUGGAGGAAAAUCUGUCAUCUCAAGCUCAUUAGUAAUCACAGCCACAGAAUGUUCUAAUGGGAUUGCAGCCCUCAUCGCUGUUUUGGUGUUGUUGCUGCUCCUGGGCAUUGGUUUGAUGUGGUGGUUUUGGCCUCUCUGCUGCAAAGUGGUUAUCAAGGAUCCUCCUCCACCACCACCACCUGCACCGAAAGAGGAGGAACAGGAGCCUCUACCUACCAAGAAAUGGCCAACAGUGGAUGCCUCUUAUUAUGGUGGUCGAGGGGUUGGAGGAAUUAAAAGAAUGGAGGUGCGGUGGGGUGACAAAGGAUCUACCGAGGAAGGUGCAAGGCUAGAGAAAGCCAAAAAUGCCGUGGUGACAAUUCCUGAAGAAUCAGAGGAACCCGUGCGGCCUAGACCACCCCGACCCAAACCCACAUACCAGCCCCCUCAGACCAAGUGGUACACGCCGAUUAAGGGCCGUCUCGAUGCACUCUGGGCUUUGUUGCGGCGACAGUACGACCGGGUUUCCUUGAUGCGACCUCAAGAAGGAGAUGAGGGCCGGUGCAUAAACUUUUCUCGAGUUCCAUCUCAGUAAAAGGGAAAUGACGACCUAGAGGGUACGAAGACAGCACACGUCCACACUGCUGAUUUCCAGCCAAAUGAAACAAAUCAAGUGCAUUUCAGAGGCUUUUGGAAGAGCACCUUAAUUUCUUCCAGUCAAGACGUGUUUUCUCUGCCUUCUGCUUUGCUUGCACUGAACAUUUUCAAACACUUGUUUUGCCGUCUACAAAGGAGGUGAUGAAACCCAGUUGUAUCUUGUGAUUCGUGACCUUGAAAGUAAAGAGGGACAUUAUGCAAGGAAGUUUGUAUGUGUAGAAGAAGCCAAAGCAACAACGGCAAUGGCAACACAGAGAGGACAUCAAAGCCAGGAGCACCGAGCAAGUAGCCAUGGUGGGUCGUUAAUGGAGACAGGAGUUUUUUACACGGCACUUGUGUCUGUAUACUGCAAGAGCUUUAGCCAGAGGCAGAGGAUGAAAUUUCCAACCAGGCUCAGCAAAUUAUGGAGUCCACUGCCUUAUAGCUAUGUCAGAUCACGAACUCCUUCCGAGUCCCCUAUCACAGUGUGCCUUACGGGAAGUUUCUGACUGGAAAAUCUUGUCACUCUAACACUGAAAAGUGCACACGCAUGACAAAAUGUAGACACAAUGCCUCAAGGUAUUGGUAGCAAGCAAGAUUUUGCCCUUUUGUUUCUGAAGACACCUUUCUUUCAUUAUGCACUGGGGACAAGAAAAUUAAUAGAGCGUUAUUCCACAGGAAGACAGUCUCUAACCAGAGAUCUGAAAUGGAGACUAAGGGACUCGUGGUUUGAGCACUUGUGCCUGUGACUGGUAGAUUCCCCCUUUUCCUGUGUUUUGGAUUUAGUAGUGCAUAAAGCAUUAGUAUCUGUAAACAUACCUAGGAGUUUGUUUGGCUUUUAAUUUAAAGGAAGCAGUAACCACAAAGCUUCCGCUCAGGGUUUUUUCUUCCUUCAGGUCUCCAAGGGCUCUUCAGCGUCACAAGCCAGCAACUCUCUUUGCAUGAAAAUUUCAAAGUUUAAUUAAUAUAAUUAAAGGCAACAGCAAGCAGCAGCCUGUGAAGAUUUUGCUCAUCUUUUUUAUGCCUUUUGACAUUGAAUGACCUAUUACUGUAUGCGCAUUACUUGGAUGUUGAGGAACACUCUACCUUGGUUACGAUUCAGUAGAGAGAAAAGGGCCCCUUUCUUCAAUCCGUAAAUUACAGUUUCAGCAGGGUCGCCAUCACAUACCAUUGGCGAUGUAUGUAUUCUAAUGUUUUAGAAAAACCACCAUCGUGUCACGUCGGCGAUGCCAAGUUAUGUUAGCGUGAGCAAAAACACUGUGGGGGCGGAAGAAGGCAGCAGCUGAAGAAAAAAGCUCAAAUGAUCUAGUCACUUUCGAUACUGUACUUCAGAUGCGAAAUGGAUAUUCGACUCGAAACCUGACAAAGUGCGCCUGCUUUGAUGUGAACUGGUAUAGACAAUGACCAGUGGCCGGGUCAGUGGGAUGUCUCUCUGCGAGCACAAAGGCUUAUCAAAUGACACUAAAAAUAAGUUCAACAACCAUCACGUUGGAAGGGAGAAGGCGAACAUUUCAUGUUUGGCGGGCAUGUGAGUGCACAAGAUGGAAAGAGCGAUUUGGAGCAUCCUGGUGUAAUUACCCCCAUUGUGCACUUAAUGGAAAUUUCAAUGGAUGGGAGUGAUUGUUGGUUUGGUGUCCAGGUUUGUGGCACUGCUCCAAGAAGCCUAUGCACACACACAAAUAUAUGUAUGUAUGUAUGUAUGUAUAUAUUUGUAUCCUCUAGCUUGAAUCUUUUGCUCAAAUUUAUUUAUGUCACUGGCUGGCUGGAUCCAAAGUCAUGUGUCCACAUAUUCAUAAAUAAAAUUUUUAAUCUGUG